UUAAGACAAGUACAUCGUAAAUAUUCAAGAAUUAGAGAAUGGAUAGCUUUUCAUCAUUCGGAUCUUCAGGAGGAGCCGGCGGACAAAAACUUGAUCGACAGACAAUAAUGGAAAGUGUGCAGCUUAUAAAGAGACAAACAGCCAUACAACAUCAAGAAAUGUUAUUACAAACUGUCAAUGAAAAAUGUUUUAAAAUGUGUGUUUCAUCUCCUGGUUCGAGUCUCGACAACUCGCAACAGAAAUGUUUAGCAAAAUGUGUGGAUAGAUAUAUUGAAGCAUGGAACGCAGUAUCAAGGACUGUAACAAAUAAAAUUCGUCAACAAGCAGAUAUGAUGUGAUAAACUUUGGUUUAUUGAAUUUUUCGUUGCUAUGCAUUAUCAAUGAUGAUGCUUUGCAGAAUAUACUAAUUUCAUUAAGAUUUCUCAUUUCAAUGUGUGCGUGUAUAUUUUUACUUGAAUAAUUGCUGCUACUACUUCAGUACUUACAACUGAAUAAUUGAAUGACAAGUCAAAUGUCUAGUAUAUUCUUUAAUGGAUAUGCCUGAUACAUAUGCCGAUGUGCCAUCUUGUCUCAAAAUAUACUCAUCUUAGAAUUUACAAAUGGUUCCAAAGAUGUGAAAGGAAUAUUAUGGCUUUUAAUAUAAAUAUGUGAACACAUGCAAUUGAGUACUAUUAUGUUGAAUCAUUAAUAAUUUUAUUGGGAAAAUAAAGACCGAGUUAAAACAAUCUGUUUACAGAUUUAACUAGAAGAUUUGAUCGUGUUAGUUAGUACAAUUUGACCAUAGGGAAUUGUUUUCACCUCAUGUGAUUUGUGGUUUGUUAUUUUCUUUUUUAG